AAAGAGGGCAGCCUUUUGCUUCAACUACCUUCCAACUUCUAACGUCUCUUCUUUCAAUGGCAACCAACUUUUUAAGUUUUCACAGAUUAUCACCAAAAAGUACAUUAACUAAUUAAUUCAAUAUCGUUCAACAUUAAUACAGAUUUUGUUCUUGUUUUCAUUCAAUAAUUUAUACGUGAAUUGAAGUCAAACACAUGCCUGAGAGGAGUAGUCUCCGGCGAAGAGUCACGACCUCAGGCAGACGGAAAUCAAGGCCGCCGCAUCCAUCUCCUUCCCCGAGUAGAAGGACAACCACUCCACCACCACUGCAUCAUAAGCGAUUUGCUAAGAACCGCUCUAAACCAAUCAAGAUUCUGAAACGAUGCUCGUCGGAGCCGAUGCUAUGGCAGAGCAGUGAAACUGAAGAUCUGAAAAGUAAGAGUUUUUUAUGGUGUCAGAGUGACGGUGGCGGAGCCGGCGGUGGUCUGUUGCCGAGGCCUCAUACAUGCAUCGAUGUUUUUGCUUCUUCUCCUCGCAACUCUGAGGGGUACAGAAAAGAUGCAAAAGUGGUGGUUAAUGUAACCGUAGAAGGGAGUCCGGGUCCUGUUAGGACAAUGGUUAAAUUGGGAUCUACUGUGGAGGACACAAUUAAGGUUGUUGUAGAUAAGUAUAGUGAAGAAGGAAGGACUCCGAAGCUUGGUAAUGAUUCAUCGUCGUCUUAUGAAUUGCAUCAUUCGUACUUCAGUCUUCAAUGUCUUGACAAGUCAGAACUGAUAGGUGAUAUUGGUAGCCGAAGCUUCUUUCUCAGAAGAAGUAGCAGCAACCGUAGCAGUAUUGGAACAGCCUCUCCUUCCAUUUCUGAAACUGCUCCGGCAAGACCAAUUCCGCCUCCUGCAUUCUUAUUGUCAGCUUUUGUUGCUCGAAAAGCUGGAAAAAUCAUCAGAAGAUCGCAUCGACUUUGGAAGGUCUUGGUUUGCUGGAAAUGAUCAACAUCUCAUUCCUACACUAUGAGAGUGCUGCAACAUAUUAUUUGCGGAACUCUCAAUUGAAAAUUCCUAUUAGUAAAUAUUAUUUCCUGUUUUUUUUUUUAUUUUAAUGGAAAAAAUUACUAUCACCCUUAA